AUGCCAUCGGAACACGUGGGGACAGAACCUGUUUCCAUUGCUGGAGUGACGGGGGGAUCACAACAGUUGACUUUGUUAGAAGCUGAGGUGAGCUUGACUGGGAAGGAGUGGCAGGAACAUCCGAUUGUGACUGGUCCAGAGGCUCCGUGCAUUUUGGGCAUAGACUUCCUCCGGAAUGGCUAUUACAAAGAUCCUAAGGGAUUCAGGUGGGCUUUUGGAAUAGCUGCAGUGGAGAUGGAGGGUAUUAAACAAUUGAAUACCUUGUCUGGACUAUCAGAGAACCCAUCUGCCGUAGGACUCUUGAAGGUAGAGGAGCAACGAGUGCCAAUUGCCACCUCAACAGUGCACCGCAGGCAGUACCGGACGAAUCGAGAUGCCGUGAUUCCUAUCCACAAAAUGAUCCGAGAGCUGGAGAGCCAAGGGGUGGUCAGUAAAACCCACUCACCCUUUAACAGCCCUAUCUGGCCUGUGCGAAAAUCUGAUGGAGAAUGGAGAUUGACUGUGGACUAUCGUGCCUUGAAUGAAGUGACUCCACCACUGAGUGCGGCUGUACCGGACAUACUGGAACUGCAGUACGAGCUGGAGUCCAAGGCAGCAAAGUGGUACGCGACCAUCGAUAUUGCUAACGCGUUUUUCUCCAUUCCUCUGGCAGUAGAAUGCAGGCCUCAGUUUGCUUUUACAUGGAGGGGAGUGCAGUACACCUGGAACCGAUUGCCCCAGGGGUGGAAGCACAGUCCUACCAUCUGUCAUGGACUGAUCCAGGCUGCACUAGAAGAGGGUGAGGCUCCAGAACAUUUACAAUAUAUUGAUGAUAUCAUUGUUUGGGGGAACACGGCAAUAGAAGUGUUCAAGAAAGGAGAGAAGAUCAUUCACAUUCUCCUGAAAGCCGGAUUUGCCAUUAAGAAGAGCAAAGUCAAGGGACCUGCCCGAGAAAUCCAGUUCUUGGGGGUGAAGUGGCAAGACGGACGGCGUCAGAUUCCUACGGAUGUUAUUAACAAAAUCACUGCUAUGUCCCCACCAACUGAUAAGAAGGAAACGCAAGCUUUCUUAGGCGCUAUAGGUUUCUGGAGGAUGCACAUCCCUGAGUAUAGUCAGAUUGUGAGACCCCUUUAUCUGGUUACCCGGAAGAAGAACGACUUCCAUUGGGGCCCUGAGCAACAGCAAGCCUUCGUCCAGAUCAAGCAGGAGAUCGCUCAUGCUGUAGCCCUUGGCCCAGUCAGGACGGGACCAGAUGUGAAGAACGUACUCUACUCUGCAGCCGGGAGCCAUGGCCUGUCCUGGAGCCUUUGGCAAAAGCUGCCUGGCGAGACCCGAGGCCGACCAUUGGGAUUUUGGAGUCGGAGCUACAGGGGGUCUGAAGAUAACUAUACUCCGACAGAAAAGGAAAUCUUGGCUGCCUAUGAAGGAGUCCAAGCCGCUUCGGAGGUGGUUGGUACAGAGGCACAACUCCUUCUGGCACCCCGACUACCGGUGCUGGGAUGGAUGUUCAGAGGAAAGGUUCCCUCUACCCACCAUGCCACCAAUGCUACUUGGAGUAAGUGGAUUGCCCUCAUUACGCAGCGCGCUCGAAUUGGGAAGUUAAAUCGCCCUGGGAUCCUGGAAAUAAUUACAAAUUGGCCCGAAGGUGAAAGCUUUAGUGUCGCAGAUGAGGAGCAAGAGCCAGUGACCCGGGUUGAGGAAGCCCCGCCAUACAAUCAGUUGCCAGCAGAAGAAACACGUUACGCUCUAUUCACCGAUGGUUCUUGUCGCGUCAUAGGGAUGAAACGGAGGUGGAAGGCAGCUGUAUGGAGUCCCACUCGACGGGUCGCAGAGGCUACUGAAGGAGAGGGUGAAUCUAGUCAAUUCGCCGAAAUCAAAGCUAUUCAACUGGCCCUAGGUAUUGCAGAGAGAGAGAGGUGGCCAAGGCUCUAUUUGUAUACCGAUUCUUGGAUGGUAGCCAACGCUCUAUGGGGAUGGCUGAAGAGAUGGAAAGAGGCGAACUGGCAGCGCCGAGGAAAACCAAUUUGGGCUGCGGAAGAGUGGAAAGAUAUCGCUACUCGGUUAGAGAAGUUACCUGUGAAGGUUCGCCAUGUAGACGCCCAUGUCCCCAGGAGUAGGGCUAAUGAAGAGCAGCAAAACAACCAGCAAGUACAUCAGGCUGCAAAGAUAGGGGAGUUGAAGAUAGACCUUGACUGGGAGCAUAAGGGAGAGUUAUUCUUAGCACGAUGGGCCCAUGAUGCCUCAGGUCACCAGGGUAGAGAUGCCACCUAUAAGUGGGCACGAGACCGAGGGGUGGAUCUAACCAUGGACAGUAUCUCUCAGGUUAUUCGUGACUGUGAGACGUGUGCUGCCAUUAAGCAGGCCAAGCGGAUGAAGCCCCUCUGGUAUGGGGGGCGGUGGUCUAAGUACAAGUACGGGGAGGCCUGGCAGAUUGAUUACAUCACACUGCCUCAAACCCGCCAAGGCAAGCGCUAUGUACUAACCAUGGUAGAAGCCACCACGGGAUGGUUGGAAACCUACCCUGUGUCCCAUGCUACAGCCCGUAACACUAUCUUGGGCCUUGAAAAGCAGGUCCUUUGGAGGCACGGUACUCCCGAGAGAAUUGAGUCGGAUAAUGGAACUCAUUUUAAAAACAAUCUUAUUAAUACUUGGGCUAGGGAACAUGGCAUCGAGUGGGUGUACCAUAUCCCCUAUCAUGCACCAGCUGCAGGGAAAGUGGAAAGGUACAAUGGAUUGUUAAAAACCACCUUAAAAGCAUUGGGUGGGGGGUCUUUAAAAAACUGGGAGCAGCAUUUGGCAAAGGCUACCUGGUUAGUUAACACUCGAGGUUCCACCAACCGAGCGGGUCCUGCGCAGUCUGAGCUCCUUAAUAUAGUAGAUGGAGAUAAAGCCCCAGUGGCCCAUGUCAGAGGUUUGUUGGGAAAGACAGUAUGGAUCAACCCUGCCUCGAGUACAGACAAACCCAUCCGUGGGAUUGUCUUUGCUCAAGGACCAGGUUAUACAUGGUGGAUAAUGCAGAAAGAUGGAACAACACGGUGUGUACCUCAGGGAGACCUGAUUGUGGGAUGAGACUCGUAUAUGAAUGUCAUUGUUUGUUGAAUGUGAGACAGAAGGAAACUGUAAGUGUCAAAGGUGUGAGCAAGUAAGAUGAGAGGAAUGCGUAAGUGUUAAAGGUAUGAGUAAGUGAAAUGA